CUCUGUUGUCACUGUGAAGUCGAAAGCGGUUGAGGGGAGGGUUAGUCGCGCGUUUGCGCUCCGCGAGACCGCCUGUCUGUGGUGGUUUCUCCUCAUAGGAAAACAGCGACGCUUUUAACCUUUCGAAUGCUAUAGUGUUGUGGCGGUGUUUCCUUGGAAGUUUUUGAGUCUCCUUUUAAGCGGAGUAGCUCAUUCCUGGGAGAGAAGGGAGCCGUGUGUGUGUGUGUGUAUAUGUGAGGGGUUUUGCCUGGGUUUCUUGCUUAAGUGGAAGCCGCUCCUAAAUGACGCUCCACCUUAUGGAACAAGGCUGCUUCCCAGGACGGUGUUAAAAGGGCGGCUGAGAGGGUUCCGACAUCUGUUCCCUUCCUUUGUGUGUCCCCCCCCACACGCGGUUUUUGGUUUUUUUUGCUCGGCCCCCGACUGACUAUGGAGGUGCUGGAAAGUGGGGAGCAGAACCUGUUCCAGUGGGAUCGAAAGUUGAGUGAGCUGUCGGAACCGGUGGACUCCGAGGCCCUCCUCUACAACACGCCCUUCACAGAACUCCUUGAUGACUUUUCCCAAGAUGUUUUGGGGCAGCUGUUGAACGAUCCCUUCCUGUCUGAGAAAAAUGAGAUGAUGGAAGUGGAGUUAUCGCCAGUUUCCCCAGCUCCCCUCAUCCAGGCAGAGCAUAGCUAUUCCCUUUGUGGGGACUCUCGGCCCCAGUCGCCAUUGACCCAUAUUUCAGCUGAUGACAAUUUCAAUGAAGCUGACUUGGAAAAUGAAGACUGGUGCCUGGGAUCAGAGCUGACGUCAGCCAACAUAAAGACAGAACCAGCAGUGACUGAAGCAUCCGGCCUUGCUCCAUCAGGCAGUCUUACUGCUUCGCCCAACCCCACCAUCCUGGAAGGGGAAGAGCCACCGAUGCAGGAUGACAGCCCAACUAAAUCAGAGAGUCACAACGUUCUUCCUGAAAUUAAACUGGAGCCACAUGAAGUGGAUCAGUUUUUGAACCUUUCAUCCAAGGAAGUGGUGGAUACUCUACACAUGCCUCCAACACCCCCCAGCAGCCAUGGCAGUGAUUCUGAGGGUGGACAAAGUCCAACCCGGUCCCUUCCACCAUCAAGUCCCACCCAUUUGCAGGCCACUGUUAAAGUGACUUCACGCACAGCUUCCGCCCUUACCAAUUCACCUCUCUUAACAGCACCACAUAAACUUCAGGGCACAGGUCCCCUAAUCUUGACAGAGGAAGAGAAGAGAACUUUGAUAGCAGAAGGCUAUCCCAUCCCUACAAAACUUCCCCUCACCAAAGCAGAAGAGAAAGCAUUGAAGAAAAUCCGUAGAAAGAUCAAGAACAAGAUUUCUGCCCAAGAAAGCAGACGGAAAAAGAAAGAAUACAUGGACAGCCUGGAAAAGAGGGUUGAGACCUGCUCAACUGAGAACAGUGAGCUUCGCAAGAAAGUGGAAGUUCUGGAGAAUACAAACAGAACACUCCUGCAGCAAUUACAGAGGCUCCAAACCAUGGUAGCUGGCAAAGUGUCACGGUCCUGUAAAGCUGCUAGUACACAAACAGGGACAUGUCUCAUGGCUGUAGUAUUAUGCUUUGCAAUUAUUUUGGGCAGCUUUUCUCAGAGUUUUGGGCCUCAUUCCUCCAUCACAAAAGCUGUGCUGCCAACCCAACAUUCUACACCAGAGUCAUACACAGCAUCAAUAGUGAGAUCAAGGAGCCUCUUGACUUACGAGGGGCCUUAUCCACUGGAGGAACAGCCCUUGUCCGAUCACAUCAAUGGCUGGGACAGGCACCUGGAUGCCUCCAAAGCCCUGUCUUUGGAACCCAUGUCCAAGUCACGACCCAGUCAGGUUACAGAGAUCACAAUAGCCAAUGAGACAAGGCUAGAAAAGUCACUGCUGGUGGGGCUGCAGCAGCACAGAAUCAGUUCGGAGCUGGAUGCAAAUGAAACACUAAAGAUCGUUGAAAUUGACAGAAGAGUCAAUGCUACAUCAUAGGAGAAAGGAACAUUUCCCCCCUUACAUCUUUAUUUUUGUUCCAAACAAAAGAUCAGAAGGACUUCUCAUUGUCAGUAAAUCUCAGUGGCGAGAAUGGACGAUGUGUUUGAUUUCUUUAAUAUGAGAAAAUGGCUUUGGUUGACUCCAAAAAUCCUAUUUUUUCACCUGUUAGUUUGCCAUUUCGCUCCUACAUCCAGGAUGAUGAUGUUGAUGUGGAAAUAUUAUAAAGGCAGACCUUUUGAAUUAUUUUCUUGCCCUGAUUUUUUUUUAAAUAGUAACUGUCAUGCCUGAUUUCUACCAUAAUAUUCAUAGUGGGAAGAACUACGUUGAUACUAUUUUGAUGAGCCACCGAUGGUAAGGUGUUGCCUUCAAUGAAAAUCUCCUCUGGAGCUUCCAUAAUCAUGGCGAAACAGAAGCAUAAUCAACUUUUUUCCUAUCUUCUCUUGAAGAAUUGGACUGUAGACAUGUUCUCAGUGGACAAGAAUGGUUAGUUCUGGCAAAACACUUAGGUUUCGCUAGACUCAGAGGUUUCAUAAUUCCUUUCCUCCCAUGGUGACAUCUCUGUAAAAACUGAAAAGGCUUGGAGUCAUCUUUCAGUACAUUGGCUUAAUUUUUCCCAAUCUGAUGACUUCUUGCUGUGUUGUAACUACAACUCCCCAAAUGCCCACGAAGCUUAGUUGUAGAGAAUGUAUACCAGAUUCUCAUGUGGAUAUGAGAAUCUGGUUGCUUAUAUUCCUCUAUAUCUUAUACUCUUCUGUAUCUUUCUGUUGUAAAUAGUAUUUAUUAGGGUUUUUUUUCCUUUGAUCCAAGCUGGAAUGGCAAGUCAAGGUUAUAAGUUCUUUCAAAUGAUCUUAGUGGACUUUGAAAAGCUUCCAAAACAUUUUUUAGACUCCAGGCAUUAAACCUUUAAAAGUUUAAUCUAAAUAAGAUUUUUUUCCUUCCUAACGUGUUAUUUUUGUCCUGUCUGUUGUUCUUGUUUUUAAAUAAGCUUUUGGCUGUGAAACCAGCAAAAAUUCCAGUCUCAGCAAUCUCAAUUUCUAUAAUCUUAAAUGAUCAGAACUUUUGAGAAGGAAUUAUUAGUAUCAGUAUGUUAAAACAGCACCUCCUCUAUAAAAUACAGUUGCAUGGGACCCUUCAUUAAACGAUUACUUAUAUGCUUAGAGUUAACAAAAUAAUUUCUCCAAAUCACUUUGUAGUGGGGGAUUUUCAAAUAUCAAACUUGGGUAACAAUGUUUAUUUUAAGGCACUGUAUUAUUCAUUAUGUGAUCAUUGAUUCCAGAUGCCUGUAGCUAAUAGAUUUUGUAUAGCUAGUGGGUGGGCUCUAAAAUAAGAGAAUGUUAUUUUAAACUGUCUAUUUAUGGAAAUCAAUUAUGGGGUUGUGAUGCUCUUAAUAAUUGAGUAGUAGGUAGACAGUGUAUUUCUUUUGCUAUGUAUAUGCUCUGAUUGUAUUCACUGUUUUUUAUUAUUAUGUAAAGUAUUUUAACUAGUUAAUGUUUCUGUAUGGGAUGUUGACCAAUGCAAAUUGGUAGCUUUCCCAUUCUAUAAGAAUCUGACAAUUUGCUUCUCCUUUUUCUUCUAAUCCUAGAAACAUUCAGUUCAUGAUUUAUAAAUCUGGGUUGAAUGUCAAAUUUUAAAUGUCUUUCAAGAAAUAUCUGAGAAUAGGAAUCCCCCUCCCCCAAACAAACUUUCAAUUUUGAGGAGUGGGUGCUAUCUAUUCACAGUUUGGCUGUCAAUAAAAUGAAUGACUAAUAUUAAUUGCCAGUCGUGGCUGGCUUCUAUGAAAUUAAGUUCUCAAAUGCCAGGCGGCCAUUGUGCAGUCCUCCUCCUCCCAGUAUAAAAAUGUAUCUUCAGCAUCUUCUCUCUCACUUUGUGACAAAAACAAUUCUUCCGUAAUUGCUAAUUGAAAUGAAACUGCUUUUUUUAUAUUGUUAUUUUGAAGGUGUACUUCAACCCGGGUACUCCAGCUGGUCAUGUUGAUUUGUUAGCCUGUUCCACUCACUCUCAAUAGCCUUGUACCUGAGCCUUGUAAAUCUGAAUCCCACACUUCAGAGCCCAGACUUGUUGGUUCUCAUGCAGUAGAACAUUUUUUCCCCUCCCAUAAAGAAUAUGAGCUCUUGCAAGACUUUUAUCAACCAGCUUUAUAUAUGUUUAAACUGCCUAAGAAGACACAAUUUAAAAAAAACCCUGAAAGAUAAAAGAUGCUGGUUUAUAUUGAAAACGUGUAACAUGUUAUUAGGGAACCUUCCCUUAUUCAUAAACACAGUUGUUGCAAAAUAAACAUCCUUCUGACAUCAA